UGAGAGUGAAACAUUGUAUCAAUCUGCUGAAAGCACCCCCAGUGCAAGUAAGUGCUCCACCUACCCCCACAGGGCAGCUGAUACCUACCUGGCAAGCAGUUCCCUCAGCCAGAUUCAAAAUGCAGAAGCAAAGAACGAACGCGCCGUCGUACUACAUUGGAGUGGAUGUUGGAACGGCGAGCGUGCGCGCAGCUUUGGUGGACCAGUCUGGGAUGGUGAUUGACCAGGCAGAAGAAGCUCUGACUAUAUGGGAACCUCGGCCUGACCACUACGAGCAGUCGUCCGAUGACAUCUGGAGAGCGUGCUGCGCUGUUACCAAGAAAGUCGCACAGUCAGCAGGAGGCGGUCGGAUCCGUGGCCUUGGCUUUGAUGCCACCUGCUCCCUUGUGGUCCUCGAUAAACAGCUCCAGCCUCUAGCAGUAAAUGCAGAAGGUGCCCAUAACAGGAAUGUGAUAAUGUGGAUGGAUCACCGGGCAGGAAGUCAAGUAGAGCGGAUUAAUAGAACCAAGCAUGGCGUACUGCGGUACGUUGGCGGCAUAAUGUCUGUUGAGAUGCAACCACCCAAGCUCCUCUGGCUGAAGGAAAAUUUAGGUCAGGAAUGCUGGGAUAAGGCCGGACACUUCUUUGAUCUGCCAGAUUUUUUAUCCUGGAAAGCAACCGGGUCCCUCACCAGAUCUCUUUGCACCCUGGUCUGUAAAUGGACGUACUCCUCAGAUCGAGGAUGGGAUGACAGUUUCUGGAAGGAGAUUGGUCUUGAAGAUGUUAUAGAAGACAACUAUUCAAAAAUAGGAAACCGCGUUGUGUCUCCAGGAGUCUCCGUUGGGAAUAAUCUCAUGUCACAAGCUGCCAGAGACCUUGGCCUUCCAGAGGGGGUCGCCGUGGCCGCUUCCCUCAUCGACGCUCACGCCGGGGGGCUCGGUGUGAUCGGUGCCGACGUGACCGGAUAUAACCUGCCACGUGAAGCUCAGCCAAUCACGUCCCGGCUGGCGUUGAUCUGUGGAACGUCCUCCUGUCAUAUGGCGAUCAGUGAGGAGCCUAUAUUUGUCCCUGGUGUGUGGGGCCCCUACUACUCAGCCAUGGUUCCAGGAUUCUGGCUCAACGAGGGUGGACAAAGUGCAACUGGGAAACUAAUUGAUCAUGUCGUCCAGGGCCACGAUGGAUUCAGCGACUUACAAAAGAAAGCGAACUCCAGGGGCCAGCACCUGUAUGCAUUCCUAAAUGAUCAUCUGGACCAGAUUCGGGCGUUGGGGCCGCAAGACUCUCUUACUGGUGAUUUGCAUGUCUGGCCGGAUUUUCAUGGAAACCGAUCGCCCCUGGCUGACCUCACCCUGAAGGGGAUGGUUGUCGGGUUGACUCUGUCCCGGGGCCUGGAUGAUCUGGCUCUGCUGUACUUGGCCACAGUGCAGAGCCUUGCGUUGGGAACCAGACACAUUUUGGAAACUAUGAAAUCUUCUGGCCACAAUAUCAGCAGUUUGUUCUUAUGUGGGGGGCUCAGUAAGAACCCCCUGUUUGUGCAGAUGCACGCUGAUAUCACUGGUCUUCCAGUUGUUUUAUCCAGAGAGGUAGAGUCGGUUCUUGUAGGAGCUGCCAUCUUAGGAGCCUGCGCAUCGGGUGAUUUUACAUCCAUUGGGGAAGCCAUGCAGAAAAUGGCCAAGGUUGGAAAGAUCGUCCUUCCAAACCCUGAACACAAAAGAUUUUAUGAGAAGAAAUAUCAGGUGUUUCUAAAACUCUACGAUCACCAGAAGGAAUAUCAGGCUAUAAUGGAUGGACGUUAAUCACAUGACGAUCCGAGAAAUGGGAACAGAAGUCAUUCGUCGCACUGACGGAAGCGUUCACCUCCGAUACACUGUUCAAAUUAACACAAGGAAUCCGUAUCAAGGGUUAUAUACAGUAAUGUCAUCAAAUGUUAUAUUGGGAUGAAGCUGGCUGCCCUGGCAUCACAAUCAUGAACUGUAU